GCCCCGCUCACGCCCAUGGCCUCCGCGCUGGAGGACCCGGCCUUGAUCCGCUCUCUCCGAGGCCACCGAGCGGCGGUGACGGGCGUCGCCUUCAACGCAGAUGCCGCGGGGCUGGCUACCUCCUCUUUGGAUGGCCUUAUGGUGUGGAAGCUGAAGGAACAGUGCAGAGCCUACAGGUUUGUAGGCCAUGAGGAGGCAGUGACCAGUGUCCAGUUCUCAGCAGAUGGGCAGCUGCUGGCUUCAGCUUCUCAAGAUCAUACUGUCAGGCUCUGGAUUCCUUGCAUCCAUGGAGAGUCCUCAGUCCUGAGAGGUCAUACAGCAGCUGUUCGCAGCGUGAGCUUCUCCCAGGAUGGCCACUUGGUGGUUUCUGCAUCCAAUGACAAAUCCAUAAAGGUCUGGCAGGUGCCCACCCAGCGCCUCUCCUUCUCCCUCCUCCAGCACACUCAUUGGGUUCGCUCUGCCAAGUUUUCACCUGAUGGAAGGCUGAUAGCAUCUUGCAGUGAAGAUAAAUCUGUUAGGCUCUGGGAUACAAGAAAUAAAACUUGUAUUGAUAGCUUCUUAGAUUAUGGAGGAUUUUCAAAUUACGUGGAUUUCAACCCCAGUGGCACAUGUAUAGCUUCUGCAGGUUCCAACCACACAGUGAAGCUGUGGGAUAUUCGAAUGAAGCAGCUCCUGCAGCAUUACAAAGUUCACACAGCAGGGGUUAAUUGUGUGGCAUUCCAUCCUUCUGGGAACUACCUCAUCACUGCUUCUACUGAUGGGACCAUGAAGAUUUUGGAUGUUUUAGAAGGAAGACUUAUUUACACUAUCUAUGGACACAAGGUUUAGGUUUUGAGCACUGACCCGGCUUCAGGUUGUUAUUGAUGUGCUGGCUUCUUGCAGGUGUUUCUAUGGAAAACAAACUUUGACUCCUUUGAUUACAAAGAGGUUCUUAAACAUCACAUUAGAAGAACACAGCCUGAUGAUCCUCCUCAUCUUCUGGAUAUUUACCCAAGGGCACCUCAUCGCCAUGAGGAUCAAAAAGUUGAGUCAGUGCAGGUUGACCCUACCUUUGAUGUGGCUGAUACACAAACCCUUGACCCACCUGUCACAGAGAUUAGAACCUCUUCAGCCUUCAGUGCUCAGGAUGAUGUCAGCAGUGACACUGCUCCCCCUCCUUCAGACUUGACAGCAAGUUCAAAAAGGGAGUCAGAGGAUGAGAGCAAAUACACUGUGUGUGAUGAGGACAAGCAGACAGACAUCUCCUGCUCCUUAGGCAAGGCUUUGCAGCACAUCGUGGAGCAGCUGGAUAUUUUAACUCUGACUGUUUCAAUCCUGGAACAACGUUUGACUUUGACUGAAGAUAAAUUGAAAGAAUGCUUAGAAAAUCAGCAAAAAAUGUUCCUGCAGGGAAGACAGGAAGAAUAA